AUGCAGCGUGCUGCAUGUCGUGUCAAGUUUGCCAUCCAGGCGCUAUGCUCAGUGGCGUGCAAUUUGACAGGAUCUUCUGCUUGUUCAACGGUAACAAAAUUGCCCGAAGAGAACUUCAACAAAACAUUCCUGCUUUCAAUGACAGAUGGAAGAGAGAUCAUUGCAAAAGUACUGAAUCCAAAUUCCGGGCGUCCUGGCCUCAGUACAGCGAGUGAGGUUAAAAAUUGCUUAGGAAUACCAGAAACGGAGAUAUACGCAUGGAGUUCACAAGCAAAUGAAACAGCAAUCGGUACCAAGUUCAUAAUCAUGCACAAAGCGCCAGGAAUUCAGCUGAGCGAACUCGUGCGAUUCCAGUCUUACUUUGUCGCCGAGUUUCCUGUGUAUGGCAGCUUGUACUACAAUACCUUCUGCGUUGGGCCGACGAAUAAUCGGAAGUAUUUUGACGAUGGCCGCGGCCGGCUGCAUCUGGAUAGAGGUCCUUGGCGCACACUUGAGGAAUACGUGACCGCAAACGCGGAACGAGAGCAGAUGUCUAUCCGAGAGAUCAAGGAAUGGCCUCCAAUGCAAGGUCUCUUCGGAGGACUUGACCAGUAUCAACCUUCCAAUGCCACCAAACAGCGGGUCUUGGAGGACUAUCAGAAUAUUUCCACCCUCAUCCUACCCAGGGUCACAUCAACCCACGCUCCCGCGCUAUCUCAUUCGGACUUGCACACGAGUAAUAUCUUUGUCGAUCCUCUCGAACCUACUCGCAUUACAUGCAUUAUCGACUGGCAAGGCGCACAUAUCGCUCCACUCUGCUUGAAACUGCCGCCAUGGCCUGAAAAUUACUCUCAACUAGAUACAGGAGGGCAGUUAGAAGUAGACAAACUCCGCGAAGCGCAGUCACUAUAUAAGCUGUACGAGGUGGAGCUGUUACAGCAUGGCAUUCACAUGCUUGCAGGCUCUAUAUUCACUGAUGGCGAACCUAAAGCAAUCGUUGGGGUUGAUGCAGAAGGAAAUUCGCUGAUACCCUGUCCUCUUUCGUACGCUGAGGAAAUGGGAAAGAAUCAAAGGGAUAUGGAAGAACAGUGGAACGUUGGCGUCUUGAUGAUGAAUCAAUUGAUCGAAGACCUUGGGGUCUAUAGCGGGUGGGAUGUUCUUGUUAACAACGCUGACUAUCAAGUCAUGAAGCUGAAACUUGCAGACUGCAAGGAAGGUUUCUUGCAAAAUGGCAAAGACGAAAGGGGAGAGAGUCGCGUGGAGUUCCGCAUGGCCCUUCCAAGAUCAAGCACAUGGAAACAGGCAGGAUCGAAAUUGACAAAGAAUUAA